GCCGGCGCCAGGCCGGGUUCCCGCGGAGGGCUGGGGGCGGCGGGGCCGUAGCUGGGGCUGGGGAGAGGGGAUGGGGACAGCCCUAAGGGGUGGCCGGGACAUGCGGCACCCCUGUGAGGCGUUUGUACCCGUCGUGGGCAACGUAUUUAGUCGCCGACAUACGAUGCGGAACGUGGUUAAAUCUCGAGUUUAAUGUCUUUGAGCCGAAAACAAGGACUUACAAAACAUGCCUUGCGGCAUCAUCCGCUGCCGGAUCCACAAGAUGAGGGGUGCCCAGCCACACCCACGUUGGAAAACUACGGAGAGAUCUCAAGUGAGUCUGAAAUCUCGAAGGAAUCAGAUUACCCUCCUGUUACUCCAGCCGAUCAGGGGAGUUCAUGGUCUGCUAGUCAGAGUUAUGCAGGAACCUCCACUGAAGACAGCUCGAUCUUCUCUUGGGGCUAUGAUGAAUUUGAUAAAGCUGCCACGCAACAAGUUCAGCGCAUGUUCAGACAAAUUGAUGAGCUGCUCUAUGAACAGAAAGAAAAUGUACACGUUGAGGGACUGCAGGAAGAAUGCCAGCAGUGGACAUCCAACUUUCCUCAUCUCAGGGUUGUGGGGAAGCAGAUAGUGAUCCCCACAGAUGAAGGGUAUGGAUGGUAUUCGAGUUCACCUUCUGCCAGUUUAGGUUCAUCGGGUGUAAGCUCAUCACAAGAAAAAGAUUCUAAUGAGUUUAGUGUUUUUGGCAAGAAGGUGCCUCUUUCUGUUACUCCUGUUCACAAAAAGGCCGACCGUUCCAAGUCUCUGACCUUAUGUUCUCCAGAGAGCGAAGAAGGUGAAGAUGGAAUAAUUGUCUCUGAAGGUGUAAUAGAGGAAUACUUAGCAUUUGACUGCAGAGAUGUGGAGGAGGAAUUGCAUGAGAGGAAAAUGGGACUCUCUUCUGACAGACGGAAACUAGGGUUUCCUCCUAUCUCUCCAUAUUCCUGCAUGAAGGAUUCUGUGCUCACGUUUGUGUUUGAUGAUGUGUGGAGUGAAGUCCUAGGCUGCAUGGAAGAGUUAAUCCGCAGACACUGGGAAGGAUCAGCCUCUGAUGAUGAGAAAAACAUCAUAACAGUAGAAACGAUCCGAGCAGGUUCUGGAAGCCCUUUGCAGUUUGAUCCUCUGCCAGUGUUGUUGCCUCGCGUGCCACAUACUAAAAUACCCUCGAUGACAUCAAAUCUGUGCCCCAAAACCAGAUGUGGCCGCAAAACCAAAAAGAGGAAAAAACCACCUCAAGUAAAUCUCUCUCAAGGCUCAAGUAGCGGCUCUCAAUGUAAUCUAAAUGGCUUGAUAGUGAUCCAUGGGAUCCAGUUACAGCAAAGGAAUCUGCCUGUAAUGGAGAAAACACUGGACCUGGAUGACAAACGACCAGGCUCCAGUUCCAUCCUCUCAAACAGAACGUGGCCAAAUCGUCCCCCUCUGGAGCUCAGUACGUCAUCUCUGUCACGGCCCACGAGAAGGCGAAACCCACCACCACAUACCCUGCAUCCCAUCAACAUGAGCAACUCUCGUACUGGGACCCCGCGAUCUGUGGACGAUGUCUUCAGGGGAACUCGAUUUCUGACUGCGUAUGAGCAGCUGACCUCACCCUCCCCACUGCCGCUAAACCGAAAUAAUCUCCUACCGCCCAUCAGUACCACCAACGUGGCAGAGCGCAUGGGCACUGCAGGAUCCCAGAGGCAAACGAAAUCUCGAGGGAACUCCAGUCGAGCUCACAGUGUAAUGACCCAUGAAGAUAGCCACCAGCAGCUACACGAGAGGCUUUUCUUACCUGAUCAUUUCUCCAGGCCUAAAACAACCAAUGUGUUCUUGCCGGACCCACAGCGUCACCGUUCUUGCUCUGUUAUUGAUCACAGUAAUCAAUCUUGGACACGCAGAGGAUCAACAGAUUCAGGUCUUCAUCCACAUGGCUCUGUGAAAGCUCAAAGUCGAAGUGGAUCAGUCACAAAAAACAAACGUGGGUUCUAACGUGUCAUGAAGACGUAUCCAUCCAUCCAUCUCCAGAAAGUCCCAAACCACCUCUCAUUCUCAGCAAUGUCAGUGUUGUUUACAGAGAGUCUUGAAACACCCUUCUUAGGAAUAAUCUUAUUUUUUAUAUAAAUCUAAGAAGCAACUGCCAAAGAUUAGAAGGGAUAUACUUGCACAUUCCAUUUUCUACCACUAGGAAAAGCUAUAUUCCAGUGGACAGUGAAGCCUAACUCCUAGAAAAUUUAGCAGAUACUCUAAAUCAUUGCUGUUUUCCCAUUAUUACUGUUUUGUGACUGGUUCAUGUUGUUACAGGCAGGUACUGCAGGACCUGCUGAUUUGUCCAUCAGCUCUAUGAAAAAUCAAUCAGGCCUUCCAUAGCAGUAGUAAUUUAAGUUUUUAAAGCUAUGUUUAAAGCUAUAUUUAUAUACUCAAAGCAAUAUUAUAUUAUCAAAAGCAAUCACUGCAUAUAAUACUGCUUAACGACUCAACUUAGACAAGUUAUGAAUUCUGUAGUACUCGGGGGCAGAUACUAACGCUGUUGUGUAGAAAUAAGGUAGCAAAACAGAUGAAGAGAACUGACAGCUUUAGGGGUAGCAUACCACUGAACCCUCCUGUGUUAUAUACUUAUAUCUCUUCCUCAGUGUCCGAAGAAGGUUUAAGGGGGAAAAAGGAGUAUCUUUAUAUAAGUCCAGACUGUAUCCAAAGAAAGCACGCUGUCUUCCUGGCAAGAUGUUUUAUGGUAAAUUCACAGAACAGGUCAGUCUCCUUUUCUAAAAUAAACCUGCAGUUAUGUAUUUCUGCACUCCGCCACAAAGGUCCACAACCCACAGCUGUGACAUCGCUUUUAGUAGAUGUGCUCUGCACCGUGUGACAGACAUGCUAGAGAUACCAGCUCCUUGCCCUUGUGGCUCCAAGGAAAACAAAAACAUGAAAUGGAAACUUUUCAAAAUAAAUGAUUAGUUGAAGGUCUAACUCCCAAGCCAGACUAAAGGGAGUGUAAAGACAAGCUGAGGAUAACCACUUGUGUAUUUUAACAGCUAGGAUACUGCAUGAAAAGGGUUGUUCCGUUAUAAUCCCAUUUAAAAGCACUUUUUCUACGUUUCUUUAUUGUUAGUAUUUUCCAAAUUACAAUUCA